AUGACGGCAUUACGUCAUGCAUUUGAAUCAAAGAGUACAACAGGACUGUUUCUUAAAAUUUCAAAAGGAACAUAUCCACCUAUUCCAAGAAAACUUGUCUCAUCAUUACUGAAAAUAUCUCCGAAUGAUCGACCUUCUAUUGAGGAUAUUCUUAAAUUAAACUUUUUGAACAAUCACAUAGAACGCGUCACGAAAAAGCUGGGGGUAACCCUCACAUGCCAGGAUACUUCUCAAAAGUUAAGCUUAGAUUAUCAAUCGCAAUGUGAAGAAAAUACUGUCUUAUCGAAUUCACAAUUAAUCGAUAAUUUUUUUAAAGAAUUUGAAUGUAAUCCUGUUAGUAAAGUAUCUUAUGGUAAAAGUUGCCAAACAAAGAAACGGCAAAAACCGGCAGCAGUAAACGCUAAUGCAUUAUCAUCAGGAGGAAAAUCUCAAGAACCACGGGUUUCUUUCAACGUCAAAAAAUCAGAGAAUUACAUAAGCGAUCAAAAGUCACAGAAGUCACAUGCGAAAGAAGAUCUCAUACGAAAAUCUUUGGUGAAAAGUGCCAAAGUUAUGACAAAUCGUAAUGAAGACCAUACUGAAAACGGUGAAAUUGAAAAUGAUAAUUUUAAAAGCAAUCUUUCCAAUAGUACUAGUAAUGCCGAUAACAUUUCAAUGUGCUCAAAAUCACAAAACGACAAAGUUGAUAUUAUUCACAGCUAUAACAAUAACUUAACCAGUGAGAAGACUACUAAUGAAACAAAAAAACCAAAUCAGUCUAGCAAUGUUAAAAAGAUCAACAAUAAUAGUGUCAAAUACAGUAAUGCUAGUAAAUGCAAUGCGUGCAACCUUAAAAAAAUCGGCAACAAUAGCAUAAACAAUAGUAGUAAUGUUAAUAAUGUUGAAAGAGCUAUGAAGACAUCAUGCAAUUUUAAUCAAAUGAAUAGUUCUAAAAAAUUUGAUAUAAAGCAAAAACCAAUGGUCAAAAUUGAUAAAGUCUGUGCUAUAUUGAAAAAGCCAUCGAGUUCGUCAUUAUCCACCAAAAUUGAUUCUCAAUCACGUAAAACAUCAGAAACAACGACAAAAAAUUCUUCAACAGUUAUCAAACAAACCAUAUCCGUCAAUGUUUCCAAUACACCAAUUGCUUUGCCACUUCCUACACCACCUUUAUCUCCAUCAAAGAAAGUUAAUUCCAAUAGUGAAAAUAACAUAAUGCCGACUAAAAUAACUAUCGCGUCGUCAUCACUUUUAUACUCAAUCGCUAACAAAGACACGAAAAAGAAGUCAUUGGAUACGCCAUUCUCGCUUAUCGAGGGAUUAAAACGAGAUCUCGAGUAUUUGUUAGGGUUCGAUAAAUUUAAUCAAUGCUAUAAACUUUUAACCUUGCACCCAAAAAAACAAAAAAUUAGCGAUGAAAAUUCGAACCAAUCAAGAAUGAUAGUAAGAGAAAAGAUUAUUGAAGCAAAGUUGAAACUUCUUCUAAACGGUAGAGGCCAACAUAAUUACAUACCCAUCUUGAAAGAGUUGGGUAAGCAGAUUUUAAAUUAUUAA